AUGGCGGACGAGGGGCCCAGGAAGGGCCUGGAGAUGUACGAGGAGGAACUCCAGCUCGCGGAGGCGCUGGAGAGGGAGUUCCAGGGGGUCCUCACGGAGCUCCUCGGCGACGAGAGCCUCCAGAGGUUCAGAGUCGAGUACGAGAAGCUCUUCCGGGCUCUCAAAAAGAGCCAUGACAAGGAGCGGAAGCUGGUCAAGAAGUGCCGCGAGAUGCACGCCGAGCUCGUCGCCAACGCGGCCAAGGUCCAGGCGGCUCUGAAGCUCUCCGAGGAGGACCAGGCGACGAUCUCGGCGCUGAAGCGCGAGAUCGAGAAGGCGUGGGCGGAGGUCGACGACGCGCGCGACAAGGAGGCGCGCGCGAAGGAGCAGGUGGCGACGUUGCGGCACGACGUGACGAGCCUCAACCGCAUGGUCGAGGACAGCACGGGCAUCAAGGUGCCCGAGGACGACAUGGUCCAGGAGCUCCUGACCGAGAAGGAGGACCUCACGCGCGAGCGCGACGACCUCCUCGACCAGAUCAUGCGCCAGCGGGCCGAGGUGGUGGAGAUCAACGAGAAGCUGCGGCGGACGGAGCAGGACAAGCUGGACCUGCUGGACGAGGUGUCGCGGAUCCGCGGGCAGGUCGCGGAGAAGCGCGCGGAGGGCGAGAAGGAGGUCCGGCGGCGCGAGCGGCUCGAGCGGGAGGUGAAGGACCUCAAGGCGGCGCUGGAGAUGCGGCAGAACGAGCUCAAGGCGCGGCAGGCGGCGGUGGGGCAGGCGGAGGAGGAGGUGAUGCGGAUGGAGGUGACGGUGAAGGAGUCGGCGGGGCAGUACGACCGCAUGAAGCGCGAGUACAACGCGCUGUCGGAGAAGGUGCAGAAGCUGCACCAUGACCUGGACGAGCAGAUCCACCAGAACACGCAGCUGCUGGCGGAGAACUCGCAGCGGCAGGUGGAGCUGAAGCUGAAGGAGGACGAGAUCGCGGCGGUGCGGCUGGAGCUGACGAAGAUGGGCAAGCUGCGGGAGGCGGCGCUGACGCGGAUGAAGCACAUUGAGAAGCAGCGGAUCGACGCGGAGCGGCAGCGGGACGCGCUGCGGCAGGAGAUCCAGCAGACGGAGCGGGAGAUGGACAACAUGUCGCGCGAGGUGGACGCGGAGCGGAAGAAGCAGGACGAGCUGGUGCGCGAGCGCGACGUGCUGAACAAGAUGAAGACGAGCGCGGAGAACUCGACGCAGAAGCAGCAGGACCUGAUCCGGAUCGUCGAGAACAACAAGCGCAACCUCGAGCACGAGAUCGACGGGUACCGCGUCGAGGCGCAGCGCCAGGCCCGCAUCAUCCACCAGCUGGAGAAGGAACGGGACAAGCUGUCGGCGGAGGCCGCGGAGGCGUCGUCGAAGUACGUGGCGGCGCUGGAGGAGGUCAAGGUGCGCGACCUCGCGGUCGUGGACCUGCAGAAGAAGAUCGCGGAGGCGGAGUCGCGGCUGAAGCAGCAGCAGAACCUGUACGAGGCGGUGCGCAGCGACCGCAACCUGUACAGCAAGAACCUGGUCGAGGCCCAGGACGAGAUCCAGGAGAUGAAGCGCAAGUUCAAGAUCAUGUCGCACCAGAUCGAGCAGCUCAAGGAGGAGAUCGCCGCCAAGGACCUGGCGCUCGUCAAGGAGCACUUUGACCACAUGAAGGUCGAGAAGGAGAAGGAGGGGCUCAAGCUCGAGCUGAACAAGGCCAAGCAGCAGAUCCGGGACACGGAGGCGGUGAUCGUGAACCAGAAGGCGGAGCUGCAGAAGCUGAACCACAUCAUCAACGAGGCGGACCAGGAGCGCGCGCGGCAGCGCAAGGAGUACGACAUCGCGGUCAACGAGCGCGACAUCCUGGGCACGCAGCUCAUCCGGCGGAACGACGAGCUCGCGCUGCUGUACGAGAAGAUCAAGAUCCAGCAGAGCACGCUGCAGAAGGGCCAGAUCCAGUACCGCGACCGCCUGAACGAGAUCCGCGUGCUGAAGAUCAAGCUCAACGACCUCCGCCGCGAGCUGCACGUGCUGCGGACGUCCGUGUCGAACAUCGACAUGCUCAAGCGCGAGGUGCACCACCUCUCGCGGGACCUCCUGCGCGAGCGCGCCAAGGUCAAGGCGCUGAGCGAGGAGCUGGAGACGCCCAUGAACGUGCACCGCUGGCGCAAGCUCGAGGGCUCGGACCCGGCCACGUACGAGAUGAUCCAGAAGAUCCAGACGCUGCAGAAGCGGCUCAUCGCGAAGACGGAGGAGGUGGUCGAGAAGGACCUGCUGAUCCAGGAGAAGGAGAAGCUAUAUCUGGAACUGAAGAACAUCCUCGCACGGCAGCCGGGGCCGGAGGUGGCGGAGCAGCUCAGCGUGUACCAGGCGUCGCUCAAGGAGAAGUCGCGGCAGCUCAAGAGCAUGGCCUCGGAGCUCAACAUGUACCAGGCGCAGGUCAACGAGCACAAGUACGAGAUCGAGCGGCUGGUGCGGGAGCUGAACGACGUCAAGCGCAAGUACUUCGAGCAGAAGAAGCGCGAGCAGCUCGAGCGGCAGCGCAUGGCGAGCACGGCGCCGGGGCCGGGCGCCGACGCGGGCAGCGGCGGACCCAGCCGGUUCACCGGCGGGGGGUUCUCGCUGACGCAGGGCGCGAGCUGA